UUGUCUGAAAGUAAAAUUGCGAAUUAUAAUUUAGGAGAAACCAAAAAAAAAAAAUCUUUCCUGUAUAUAUACUUAAUAAGCUAGAUCAAAUAAGCUGUUUUUUCCAAUGUUUAGCAGAUAUAUCAUGAUAUAUGCAGAUGUAUUAAAAACAUUUUGUCCCUCUGUUACAGUGUAUAUGUUGAGAAAGUGAGUUGAAAUGAGCACUCAACGUGGCAAUACAACAAAACAAAGAGCGCAGAAACAUAAGAAUGGUCAUAGCUUUAAAAAUGAUAAAUAUGACACAAGCAUCAAACAGAAAACAAUAAAUAACUUGCACGUUUCUAAUGUAUGUCAGCGAUGUAAAGACUGCAUCGAGUGGAAGAUAAAAUACAAAAAAUACAAACCAUUAACUGUUCCAGGUAAAUGUGUGAAAUGUUGUGAAAGAAAAGUGAAGUAUGCAUAUCACAUUGUCUGCACAGAUUGUGCAGUUCAAAACAAAGUUUGUGCGAAAUGUUCAAAACAAAAAGAUGUGGUGGAUGAACCUGAGAAACCGAUGAAAGAGCAACAACAAGAGGAGAAUUAUUUGAAAGAAGAAUUAAAGUACAUGAAAUUAAGAGAAAAGCGUACUUUCCUUCGUAAAUUGGAAAAAGACCAAACAACGGAUAUCGAAAAAGUCGACAACUCUGAAGAUGAUGACAGCAUUAAUGACGACGCUAACGACGACGUUAACGACAGUGGUAUUUGUGAAGCUUCUGACGUCACCUAGUAAUACACAAACGCAGUGUAUUUGCAGUAAUAUUUUUAUAAAUAGAAAAUAUAAUUAAUUCAGGUUGA